CAUCUUCCCAUUUUUAAGGAAAGGGGCUAAGGAGCCGCAGAUAUUUCAUUAAAAUGUCAAAAGAUUUAUCAGCAACACCUGAAAUCCCCAAAGAAGAUGGCAGACCAAAGUGGGACAAUAAGUUCCAGUAUAUUUUAAGCUGUAUCGGAUUUGCUGUUGGCCUGGGGAACGUGUGGCGAUUUCCAUACUUGUGUCAGAUACAUGGAGGCGGGGCUUUCCUGAUCCCAUACUUCAUCGCUCUCCUCUUCGAAGGAAUCCCACUGCUACAUCUCGAGCUGGCCCUAGGGCAGUGCCUGAGGAAAGGCAGCAUUGGAGCCUGGAACACCAUCUCUCCUUACCUUGGAGGCGUUGGAGUUGGUACAUGGAUGGUGUCGGUUCUGGUGAGCUUAUACUACAACACUGUUUUAACUUGGGUGAUGUGGUAUUUCAUAAAUUCCUUCCAAGAACCUCUUCCUUGGAGUGUUUGUCCUCUAAAUGAAAACAGAACAGGAUUCAAUGAAGAAUGUUAUGAGAGCACUGCAGUAAAUUAUUUUUGGUACAGGAAAACUUUGAACAUAACACCUGAUAUUGCCGAGAGUGGCACGUUACAGUGGUGGCUCAUUUUGUGCUUAGCAGCUUGCUGGGCAAUUGUUUAUCUCUGCACCAUCCGAGGAAUUGAAACCACAGGGAAGGCAAUUUAUGUAACAGCAAUAUUUCCAUAUCUGGUCCUGACUAUAUUCCUUAUUCAAGGACUCACUCUACCAGGAGCCACUGAAGGUCUGAUUUACCUCUUCACCCCUAAUCUGAACACUUUGAAAAAUCCCCGUGUAUGGCUUGAUGCAGCUACACAGAUUUUCUUCUCUCUCUCUCUGGCUUUUGGAGGGCUUAUUGCAUUCGCGAGCUACAACCCAACAAAAAAUGACUGUGAAAAGGAUGCCGUGACAGUAGCAAUUGUGAACAGCAUGACAUCCCUCUAUGCUUCCAUCCCAGUCUUUUCUGUUUUGGGGUUUAAAGCAACCACAGCCUACUGGGACUGCUUGGACAGGAACAUUAUCAAUAUCAUCAAUGAAUUUGAUCUUCCAGAAGAAAGCAUAAUGCGACAGAACUAUACAUCCUGGAUUAGUUUUUUGAAUUCAUCAUAUCCAGAAAAAAUUGCUGGACUCAAACUGAAAAGCUGUGACCUUCAAGAAUUUCUUGAUCAGAGUGUCUCAGGAACUGGCUUGGCUUUCAUUGUUUUCACUCAAGCUAUCAUCCUCAUGCCGGGCUCCCAAGCUUGGGCCAUCCUGUUCUUCAUAAUGCUGUUCAGCUUGGGCCUUUCUUCGAUGUUUGGAAACAUUGAGGGUGUCUUCACUCCUCUUCUAGAGCUUCAAAUUAUACCUAAAUCAGCACCUAAAGAGCUAUUAUCUGGUAUAAUAUGUCUAAUUAGCUUCCUCAUUGCUCUGUGUUUUACACUGGGUUCUGGGAGUUACUGGAUUGACAUUUUUGACAGAUAUGCAGGCUCAGUGCCUCUUCUAGUCCUUGCUUUCUUUGAAGUGAUUGGAGUUGUGUACAUCUAUAAAAUUAAAAGGUUCAGUAAAGAUGUGGAAUGGAUGACUGGACGAAAACUCAAUCUCUACUGGCAGAUCACAUGGAGGUUCAUUAGCCCUCUGCUCCUGCUAACUGUCUUCAUGGCCUUUGUUACUCUGCAGAUGCAGAAGCCACCAAGCUACACAGCCUGGAACCCUAAAUAUGAAGGCUUCCCCAUGAAGGAGGAGAAAGUUUAUCCACCUUGGGUACAGGCCAUUUGCGUGCUGUUGGCUGCCCUUCCUUGCGUGUGUAUACCUCUGGUAGCGCUCUUCCACCUGGUCAAACAAAAGCGCAGGAGCAAGGACCCAAGCUUUGUACCACCAGAAGUCUUCUCCUGUCAGGGGGCUAACAGCAACUUUUCUCAUCCAAAAGAAUAACUAUCCAUUGUUCCUGUCUGUAAGCAAAAAUAAGGCAGCCAUUGUUAGACAUUAUUAGCUGUCAUUCGGUAUCAUCCAACCAACCUGGAUGUGUAUACAGUUCAUAGGCUGACAGCACUCGCUACACUCUGUAAACAAUGCUGUUGUGUUUCCUUUAAUUUCAACCAUCUUCACAGCUUCAUGUAUCUCUCCAGACAGAAUUUAAACUUGGAAAGCCUGUUGAGUACUGCUGCCGGCUUCUAUCUCUCUUCACUUUGAAAAAAACUGGUCUGUUCCUAAGGAUCAGCAACAUAAAUUAGAACACAAUAAUACACUGCCCUGCCCCCCUGCUCCAGGAAAUGUAGAAUGGGAGUUCUCUAAGAAUAAGGACUGCUCUUUUCCACUACACUCUAAUUUUUUUAAAUUCCUAUACACACUUAAACAGCAGUCAUUUUUUGAUUAUUUCAUUUUCUCAGGCAUUGCAAGAAUCAAAGAUAAAGCAUCAGCAGACAAAAAUGUAUGUUAAGUAAAUUUGAGCAAUUAAUUCUGCACAAAUCUCUUAUUUUAGCAGAUUCCAGAAUUCAUUGUAGUGGAAAAUACCGAAAAAAAAAGUUCCCAGCUUUUCCCCCUUUUUUUCCUCAUACUGAACACAAUAGCUGAAUAGCAAAACAAAAAUGCAGACAUAUAACAGCCUUUCAGUGAGCUGCAGCCUUCAGGACAUGACAAUGAAAUUGAUCUUUACUGAAAAACAGGACUUUCUGUACUUGGCUGCAGAUCGUGGCCACUCCUUAGUGCUGGGACAUGAGGAUUCCUCUUGUCAAGAUACUUGAAGAACCAGCAGCCUUUGAAAAAAUAUGAGGAAAGUAUGUGAGGAUAAAGCAUGACAAUGCCUUCAGACUGAGUAAUUGAGCCAAGGAAGAGAAAGGAUUAGUGUUACAAAGCUGCAAAUACAUAAAUAAGAAUUUUUAACUAACUAAAGCAUAUAUUUUAUAUUCAGGUUUCUAACUGCAGAUAGUUAAAUGUUCAUUAAAACCCUAUACGCAACUAAAUGCAGCGGGUUGAAGUAGUCAGAGUUCUGUUCUUAAACAAAAACACGUGCAACUAGUACAGACAGAAGCUGAGAAAAUAAUUAAACUAGAAUCCAAAAGACUUUCAAGUCUUUAAAUCCAUCUUGAGUCACUGUUAUGGUAUCCAGACUUGACUUUUGAGCUGUCCCUUCCAUUCACCAGAAGGGAGACUUCAUGGAUCACUGGAUAUGCAGUUCAGCCCAGGACAGGACUUUGGGGGAGGACAAUUUUCAGCUCCAGUAACUACAAAUGAUGGCUGGACAAGACAAGCUGAAGUUACUGUUUAGCUUAGGAAGCCAUGCAGAAAAAUAUGUUGAGCAACUCUUGUGUGAACACUGCUCUUCUGUUGUCAGUGCACUUCUGAUGUUACCUCUACCAAAAUUCCUGUGCCAAAACUGUAGCCUUACUUCAAUAAAGUUAGUGCUACAAGUUCCCCUUCUUAUUCAUGAAG